CGAUGACGCUCUGCGCCUGCGCCUGGGAGGCGGGAGCGGGCGAGUGCGGUGCGGUGUCCUGCGCUCUGCCAGGGCCCCUGGAGACGCGAUGGGGAAGAAGCAGGUGGUUGGCGAUCCUCAGCGUCCUCCACGAGCCCUUCCACCUGUGCCAAGUGCUAUUCAAGAUGAUAUUCCGCUUAGUCACCCUAAGAAAAAGAAAUCCAGAAUGAAAAGCACACUAGCUACGUCUUCUUUGGAAAGCCCUGCUGAGCCUGUUGCUGCCAGGCGGUCUGAGAGCAGUGAGCCACCAGCUGCAGAGCCCAAGGCGUACCCAGAGGCUGCUGGUCAAAGGAGACAGAAGAAGAUAAGACCACCUCCUGAGUUGGAGACUCCCUUCACUGAAAAGCCGUCUGCUCCAUCUUUACUAGAGAAUGAAAAUGGCAUUGACGUGGAGCCCCGUGAGGAGGCAGUGCUUCCUAAACCGCGAAGGAAGGCAAAGAGAACCCAGCCAGCAGAACCACAGUAUGCUAAUGAGCUAGGAGUAGAAGAAGAAGACAUAAUUACCGAUGAGCAAAGCACCGUAGAACUGCACUCUAGGUUUACGGCACCCACUGGAGUUAGCCAGCCUGUCGGCAAAGUGUUUGUGGAAAAAGGCCGGAGAUUUCAGGCGGCGGAUCGUUCAGAGUUGAUAAAGACCACAGAAAACAUAGAGAUGCCGAUGGACAUGAAGCCAUCUUGGACCACCCGUGAUGUGGCUCUUGUGGUGCACCGAGCUUUCAGGAUGGUCGGUCUGUUCUCGCACGGCUUCUUGGCUGGCUGUGCUGUGUGGAACAUCGUUGUGAUCUACGUUCUUGCGGGAGACCAGCUGUCUGACCUCCCCGGCCUUCUGCAGCACUACAAGCCCUUGGCAUACCCGUUCCAGAGCCUUCUCUACCUGCUUCUGGCGUUAAGUACAGUUUCGGCAUUUGACAGGACCGACUUUGCUAAAACAUCAGUAGCAAUCCGGAAUUUUUUGGCCCUGGAACCAACAGCUUUAGCUUCUUUCUUGUACUUUACUGCUCUUAUACUUUCUCUGAGUCAACAAGUGACAAGUGACAAAAUCCACCUUUACACACCUUCUGUUAAUGGGAGCCUCCGGGCAGCAGAAGUUGAGGAACAGAUUCUUAUGCCCUGGAUUAUAGUAAAUCUGGUGGUGGCCCUUCUGGUUGGAUUAGCCUGGCUCUUUCUGUCUUACAGGCCAGGCAUGGAUCUUAGUGAAGAGUUAAUGUUCUUCUCUGAUGUGAACGAGUACCCUGACAAGAGAAUCCAAGCACCCUCAUAGCGCCGACCCCUUCGCCUUAGUAAAGGCCUGGGAGCACCCCAAGAAAGGAACCGCCGAGUCUCCACCACAGUAACCAUCCGUAUUUCCCCACUUGUGUUUUCAAGUGUAUUUUUAUAAGAUAUGUGUGUGUAUUUAUAAUUGAGCUUUUGUUAUAUGAUGCUGAAAUGCUUCUGGAGAUUAUGAAAAGUGUCUAACUUAUAUCUGGUCUUUAAUAGCAAACAUUACGCUCUGUUGUUACCACCUUAGUGGUCCAGGAGAUAAGGGGCCGAAGGAAGCAGCUGAAAGCGCUUGUUUCCUGUUCUCUCCAGUCUGCUGUGUUCAUAAUCAUUAUCUAAAAAGCACCAAUGUAGAAAAGCCUUAACUCCAGGGUUAAAAGGUAUACAUCAUGUUUGAAUGUAAGUCUAGAGACUAGGGAAGAAAGGAAAAUGCCCUUGUUUUAUAUUUUGACGUCUCCUCAUUGAAC